AAUAAAAUAAUUAAAAAUGUGGGAACAAAAUAAAUAAUAGCCAUUGACUAAGUUGCCCCAUUGUGGCCUCUUCCCCCAACCAACCCACAUCACAUUCUCACUCUUAUCUCUUCUCUUUCUCUUUCUCUCUCUACCCCUCUCUCUCUCCUCUUUCUCUCACACACACAAACACACACACAAAUUACACACAUAUAUACUUGCACAUUAUAACAGAAAGUCCACAGAUCAUUUCUGAAUUAUAUAUUUUUAGUGAUUUACUCAAUUCCAUCUCUGAAUUAGCACCACCACCACCACCCAUCAUCAAACGGAGAAGAAAAAAAAAGGGGGGGAAAAUUCUUACAGAAGGUUGUUGUUUAUGGAGGGUUUACAGAGAUCUGCUGUAUCGUUCAGGAGGCAAGGCUCGUCGGGAUCGGUGUGGGACGAUAAAUUCCUCGCCGGAUUGCAGCAGCUCGCCAAUCAGCAGAAGCUGGAGAAGGAAAUCAGCGAGAAAGCUCAACAGGAGAGCAAAGAGGAUUCCUCCGCCGCCGCCCCCGCCGUGCCGGACGCCUCGGCUGCCGGAGUGAGGAAUCCAUCGCCGCCGCCGGUGUUGACGAUCGAGCGGAGCCGAUCCAACGGCGGACGGGGUUUCCGCACCGGAAAGGUGUCGCCGGCGAUUGAGCCGCCGUCUCCCAAGGUUUCCGCCUGCGGACUCUGCAGCGGUUUCGGGAAGAGUAAGAAGACGCGCCGCCGGCCGGCCAAGUCCGGCAAGCGCGUGAUGUGAUGAUUUGCAGCGAUCUCGACGGAAAAUUGAGGUGGGGGAAUUUUUUGAAACUUGUAUGAAUGAAAAAGAUCGAAUGAUCUUUGUUCUGGAUUCUGUUGGUUUGAUCUCUUCGUUUGUAGAAUUUAGGGAUUUAUGGAAUAGGUUUUUUUUUUUUUUUUUUUUUUCUCGUUGAUAAUUUCUAGAGUUGGGUGUAAUAUAUAUGUGUGUGUGUUCAUCUUUCUUUAUCAAUGGAGAUUGCUUAAGCUUCUGUGAUUCUCUCUUUCUUCGUUUAUCGAAUCGAACCGCAUAAUUGUUUGUUGAA